CCGGGCGGAGGCAGGGCUGGGGGCGCGGGGCCCCCUCCGGCCGCCGGCACCCUCUGCGGCGGGAGUGACGUUAAGACUUGAAUGGAGAGCCGUGCUGGGGGCGGUUGUGGCCGUGACAGACACCUUCGGGGUCGGUCCCCAGCGGGGGCGGCUCUGCCGGCCUCUCGCUGCCUCCCAAGCUCCGAGUUCUUGUGGGAGGAGGCUUUGGGCAAGUACUCCUGCCACUUCCGAGGCACGAGACUCCAGUUGUUUGGCCAGAGUGGUUGUGGGCCGAGCACACGCUGCUCCGGAGGCGUUUGCGGCUGAGGCAGUGCUUUCCGAUUCUGGCAAUGCAGCAAGUGUUGGAUAACCUUACGGAGCUGCCCUCAUCUACAGGAGCAGAAGAAAUAGACCUAAUUUUCCUCAAGGGGAUUAUGGAGAAUCCUAUUGUAAAAUCACUUGCUAAGGCUCAUGAGAGGCUAGAAGAUUCAAAACUAGAAGCUGUCAGUGAUAAUAACUUGGAAUUAGUCAAUGAAAUUCUCGAAGAUAUCACCCCUCUAAUAAAUGUGGAUGAAAAUGUGGCAGAACUGGUUGGUAUACUCAAAGAGCCUCACUUCCAGUCACUCUUGGAGGCCCAUGAUAUUGUGGCAUCAAAGUGUUACGAGUCACCUCCAUCAAGCCCGGAAAUGAAUAAUUCUUCUAUCAAUAAUCAGUUAUUACCAGUAGAUGCCAUUCGUAUUCUUGGUAUUCACAAAAGGGCUGGGGAACCACUGGGUGUAACAUUUAGGGUUGAAAAUAAUGAUCUGGUAAUCGCCCGAAUCCUCCAUGGAGGGAUGAUAGACCGUCAGGGUCUGCUUCAUGUGGGAGAUAUCAUUAAAGAAGUCAAUGGCCAUGAAGUUGGAAACAACCCAAAGGAAUUACAAGAAUUAUUGAAAAAUAUUAGUGGAAGCGUCACCCUGAAGAUUUUACCAAGCUAUAGAGAUACCAUUAUUCCUCAACAGAGUUGCAUCAGUAUGGAGAGGCAUCCAGCACACGUCCGUCAGGUUUUUGUGAAAUGUCAUUUUGAUUAUAAUCCAUACAAUGAUAACCUGAUACCCUGCAAAGAAGCAGGAUUGAAGUUUUCAAAAGGAGAAAUUCUUCAGAUUGUAAACAGAGAAGACCCAAACUGGUGGCAGGCUAGCCAUGUAAAAGAGGGAGGAAGUGCUGGUCUCAUUCCAAGCCAGUUCCUCGAAGAGAAGAGAAAGGCCUUUGUUAGAAGAGACUGGGAUAAUUCAGGACCUUUCUGUGGAACCAUAAGUAGCAAAAAAAAGAAAAAGAUGAUGUAUCUCACAACCAGAAACGCAGAAUUUGAUCGUCAUGAAAUCCAGAUAUAUGAGGAGGUAGCCAAAAUGCCUCCCUUCCAGAGAAAGACGUUAGUAUUGAUAGGAGCUCAAGGUGUGGGACGAAGAAGCUUGAAAAACAGGUUCAUAGUGUUAAAUCCCACUAGAUUUGGAACCACAGUGCCAUUUACUUCACGGAAACCAAGGGAAGAUGAAAAAGAUGGCCAAGCAUAUAAAUUUGUGUCACGAUCUGAGAUGGAAGCUGAUAUUAAAGCUGGAAAGUAUUUGGAACAUGGGGAAUAUGAAGGAAAUCUCUACGGAACCAAGAUCGACUCUAUUCUUGAAGUUGUCCAAACUGGAAGAACUUGCAUUUUGGAUGUCAACCCACAAGCCCUAAAAGUGCUGAGGACAUCCGAGUUCAUGCCCUAUGUUGUGUUUAUUGCUGCUCCAGAACUAGAUACCCUACGUGCCAUGCACAAGGCUGUAGUGGAUGCUGGUAUCACUACCAAACUUUUGACGGACUCUGACUUGAAGAAAACAGUGGAUGAAAGUGCACGGAUUCAAAGAGCAUACAACCACUAUUUUGAUCUGAUCAUCGUCAAUGACAAUCUAGACAAAGCCUUUGAGAAACUGCAGACUGCCAUAGAGAAACUGAGAAUGGAGCCACAGUGGGUCCCAAUCAGCUGGGUUUACUGAUGAUUCAGUAAGGUUCACAAUUCAAAUAAAACUUUCCAAAAAGUGACUGCAACAAAUAAACCUUCUACUGAGAAAAUACAUGCACAGAUAGAAGAUAUCUGCCAAGUCCAAGCAUUUUUAUUGUGUAGAUUGAAAUACCAGUACACUAUUCUGAAUUUUUAUAUAAAAUGUGGUUGAGAAGGUGUACUAAUAUAUAAUUUAUCUUAAUUUUUCUAACUUUUUAUGGAUAAUCUUUCUAUUCAUAUCACAUAAAGAAAUGCGUUGAAGCAUUUUGUAUAUGUUUUGAUUUAGUACCCUUGCCUUUUUCAUCCAAGGAAUUUUCAAGUCAUUCACUCUAACAUUGGUCUCACAUUUUCACUGUGAUAAUGAAUACUUGAAAUAGUUUUGUAAAGCUGUCAUUUAGUUCAGUAUUUAGUGAAGGGUCAGCUACUCUUAUUAGGAAAAAACAAUGGUGUAUUGGCCUUCUUUCCUAAUAUAUUCAAUUUCUUACAGAAGCAGAAUUUUAAUGUCAGUGCUACAGCUAGUCUACUACCAUCCAAAUCUGACAUCAGAAGUCUGCUCAGUGCAACACAGCUUCAUUAUUUCAGAGCUGAAUGGCUAUCCGUUCUAAUUUAUGCAGCAUUAUUAGUUUUUUCCCUUCAUGCUCGCUCUCGUGAAAAAAUGAAGAGCAAUACCUUGCACUCUCAUCUGCUGCAGUGACGGGCUGAUGCUUCGUUAGCAUGUCCACAGCAAGCAAGGCCAUGCCGGCCAAGAGAGUGCCUUACCCCGCAGUCCUUAUAACAGAACGGCUCUGGAAGCGGGUCUGUUGUGAAAGUUUAACUGAUGAAAGUGUACCUACUGCUUUAUACAGUUUUCUACUAGGGUAUGAUCAGCAAAUGUAUCAUGCCUCUGAAAAUUUCUGUGAUGCUGAAAAAUGCCUCUGAGUUUGCAGUUGGGAGUUUAUGUGAACAAUCAGUUUGCUUUUUGAAGUGUGAUGUGAUCAUUAGGGUAUUUUUUCAGUUUGUUGUGUUGUGAACCAAAUCCAUUGAACAAUUUAUGAAAUUUGGAAAAAACUGUCAAAUGUUUUAUCUCAGUAGACUAUAUAUAUAUUAUAUAAUAUGUAUUAAAUAAUGUUUUAUAUAUUUUUUUUACAUUUGUUAGGAAAUGUACUUUUUGUUUAGCAAGUAAACUUUUUGAUUAGGAAAACAGUUCUCCUUCUUUAGAUACAUUAGUAUAUACAAAUUUCCAAAAUUCAUCUCAGUUAAUAUCUUCCUUUAGGAUUCUUUGAUGGUAUAAAUUCUUCUAAAGUAUAUUCAGAGAUGCAGAUUAUUGUUAAACUAAGUUAGCCAUAUUUUAUACUGCUGCUAGCUUUUCACAUGAACAGUAUUCACACUUAACGGGUUAGGUGCUUAAACUUUGAUGAUCAUCUUUGUCUGGUGGUAGACACCAUACCCCGGGCUGCUGAAAUUUGUUUUCCCCUCAGCUAAGCUGUCACAUGGAAUGCUAGCCCGGAGGACUCAGAGGGUAGAGAAAAUACAUGGUAAUAAGCAGCAGGCACACUGUUCUUUUUCACAAUGAAACCAAACACCCAAGUAGCUGUAUGGAGGUUUGUUGUCCUAGAAUAGGAAAUUGGUAGCAAAAUGGAUCAUACCUUUUAGUAACUUUGGUAACUUUUAAACCACAUAAAUUUACAUCAAAGUCUUGGCUUCUCAAAGAUGAAUCAAAGCACAGUGUCGAGAUGAUGUCCCAUGACUUAGCAUCUCAACGUGCUGUAAAUUUUAAGAGAAAUUUUAUUUUCACAUUCUCAGGAAGUAUGGUGUCUUCUGCAGUGUGCCUUCAUGCUGCUGCCUGCAGCCUCUAGGGGAUCACUGGAGCCGCUGCCUGCAGCCUCUAGGCAAUCGCUGGAGCCGCUGCCUGCAGCCUCUGGGGGAUCACUGGAGCAGCUCAAGAAGUCUAUCCACAAGAUAUUUUACCCAUCGACACAACAGAGAUGGUUUUUACAUCAGACAUAUUUUAGGCCUUAUCACAUGGUAUAAAGUGCACAUUAUUUAGAAAACAGUCUACACUUAAGAGUUAUUUCUAUUAUAAAUGGUAUUCAUGACUGACUAGUUUAUACACAUGAGAUUCCUCCUAAUAUAAAAUGGAACAAUGCAGUUGAUUUCAUUUCCAUCUAGACCCCAAGCCAAAAAGAAUCAAUUUAUAGCAAAGUUCAUCUAUCUCAAUAAAGAGUCAUUGAACUUGAAACUGAAGUCCUAUCUGGUUCUGUAGAAACCAGCAGAGCUCUACUGAGGCAAGAAGUCCCAGAGGCCCUGGAAUUCUCCUAUAGCAAUGAGAGUAUAGUUGUGAUUAAGGGAAUGUGAACUUCUCCUGUAGGAAAGGUCUAAGAUAACUAGCUUUACUGAAGAGAAAAUAGCUUAAGGUGAUGUUGAACAGUUGGUAAUCGUUAAAAAUAUGCGUGCAUAUGCUUUUGGGAAACAAUGUGCCAACAUACUAAUGCACCUGAGGAUUCCUUGUGGACAGGUGAGCAUCCACAUUCAGCAUUCAGGGCAUGAUUGUUUAUAUACAGCUAAAUAUUAUAUAUAUUUUUAAAUAUACAAAUAUCCCAUAUCCAUAGAGUUGAUGUCCCUGGAUAAGUCAUUUAACUGUAACUAGUGUAAUAUAUGUGAUGUACUCAAGUAGAAUUUUUCCUUUUAUUAUUAGUUAAGCCUUGAUUAUGCAGUUUCCAUUUCUGUUUGAUAUUUGGAUAGUAUCAAAUAAAAUACUAUCCAAUACAUCAGGACUUUGUUUACUUUUAUCAUACAACUGCUGAACAUAGCUUUCUGAGGUAGAAAUCAUAUCAUAAACCCAGUACAGCAAUAGUAGCCUGAACCCUAGAUUCUAGAAUCUAGUAAAUUUAAUAUAAUAGCUUAUAAGGACAAGUUUUCUUUAAAAGAGCAAAUUGGAUAUUAACACAAAUUUAGAAAAGAAUUCAAAUUAGCAAUAAAAUGUUAGUGUAGCAUUAUAGACUAUGGCCAGGUACUGACUGCUUUGACCGUAAUAUCCCAGUGACCACAGAAGAUGAUCUUUGUUUUAAAGAGUCAUUUAAAUUUGUACUUAUUUUUAUGGAUAACAACAAGGGUCACAAUCCAGUGAUUGGGGUUGAUUUUUCAGAUGGGUAGCCAUGGAGUUAGGUAUAAUUAUUUUAAACUGGUAAAUAUUAAAGUUUUGAAAAUUGGUCUACUUAACACUGUACUUUUAUGACUUCUGAAACAAUACCCCGUUUUCCAGGAACCACAGGCUAAGGAGCCAAUAAUUUUAUAGUGAUGAGUCUUUAUACUACAUAUGGAAAAAGUAAUCCUGAGGUUUUCUGUAUAUAGCUAGCAGGUCAUUUCUUAAAUGUUUGAGUCAUCAUAUAUAAUAUAUAUAUACAGCUAUGUGUAUAAUAUGUAAAAUUCUCCCAAGAUAUAUGGAUAAUAACACUAAAAUGUCCACUAUGUAAUUAUAACUAAUGCUCUUACAUUUUUAAUUAUUUCCAAAUUCUUAGACAUUAUGAAACUUUUCACAUAGUUUCCAGAGGCUCUGGUUUUACUUUGAGGCAGAUACUAAUGCCCUUUCUGAAAAAUAUAUUUGGAAUUAAGCUCAGAAAGGUAUUCUAACUUAAUUUCCUUAGGGAAAAAGGACAGAGUCAUGGAUGGAAACCUCCUGGGAAAUACUUAUUUAAACCUUUAAAUGAAUUUGAGAUAUGGUUCAGGCUUAGAGAUUAUAGUACCUGCCCUUCUCUUGGAUUUGUUGUGAGAAUUCAUGUAAUAACAUCUGUAAUGGAUUUGGAGUUCUUGGGAGAAAUUCAGUAUUUUAAAUAAUAGGAUUAUUGUAUAUAGUACAAGUUAAUAUUCACAAACUUUAAAGAAUACAACUGAGUAAUAAUUCAUCAUAUCAUUUUUUACAUAUAUAUGUCUGAAGAAGAUAAUUCUAUAAUUUUCUUAAGGUAAGAUUAUUUUUAACUGCAUUUUUGCUAGCUUCAAGUUUCAUUUUUAAUAUUUUCCAUAAUUUAUCAUAUUACUUUGUGUGUUUCUGGAAUGACUUAGUACACAGAAUCAAAAAUGAGUCCUUAAAACACUAGAAAGUGAAGAAAUGAUGCUAUCUCAUUUCUAAGAUUAGGCUUUAAAAGCAUGAUUUCCACUACUUCUGCAGUACACUGCACUGUAUUCUUUAAAAUAGUCUCUCUUUUGAUAAAAAUAGAGCUGGUGCACUUCUACUGGCUGAGAUCCUAAUUAUGACUCCUGACCAUAUGACCAUUGAGAAAAUUUACAUCUCCCUUUUAAUAAUACACUUGUUAAAUAAGGCUAACUUAAUAUUUGUCUUCACCUUAAAUUAUAAGAAGUAAUUUAUAACUCUGAUGAGGUAAAUGGUAAAUUGGAAAAUCCUUAUCAAGCUACUUUAUCUGCUUAUUAUAUGUAUUCAUUUGCCCUUUUUAGUUCUUUUAAAGCGUACCUCUCCUGGAGGUAACAUAGUGAUAGGUGCACACCACUUAGAAAUUCUGCCUUCAGUUUUAAAACAGCUCUGAGGAUGUUGUUCCAUCCUGAAAGAGGUUGUGUUCUGGUCUCUUAGUGGCCUUGGUCAGGAGGUUUUGAGUUCAGAAUCCUUUUCUAAGUCCAGACCUUUAGGAAAUCCUCCUCCUCACCAACCAGACCACUCACAAGUCAAACAAAAUUUAAGUAAGCAAUCCAGUACUCUCUUACAUCUGAAGACACUCUGAUCUUUGCCCCUUAAAGCUGCUUACCUUAUUCUUCUGCCUGAAAUUUAUCACUGCAGCCCUAUUGUUUAACCCAUAGUAGUAAGUUUAAAAGGCAUUUGUUAAGGGGAAACAUUCAGUUACCUCCAGUUGGGGGACCACGGAUCCAACAGGACUGCCUUUUUUUUUUUAGUUUUGUUCUCUACCUGCUUCGGGGCCACUGGCUGAUACUGCAGUGCUCUGAGAAUCUGACUUGCCUCCAUACACCAAAGCUGACCAGAAGCAACAAUUCUUUUUUUUCCCCUACCAGCUUUAAUUGUUUUCUAAUCUCCAGCACAAACUGAAUGAACACAUCUACAGAUGAUGUAAAUGCCACUUACAACUUGGCAGAUUAAAUGACUUAAUGCUUGUAAAUCUGUCUUGAGUCUCAGUGAACAAGUACUGUCACUAACACAGAGCAAAAGCCAAAAGGUCUUAUUUUAAAAGUUGGGGAUGAAUAUCUUUAUUGCACUUCAGUCACAGCAAGCCAGGGUAGAAACAUACAAAUAUGACAUACCAUGCCUGAAACUUAACAUUCUUCACAUCAGUCAAGAAGGCCUGGGAGUUUGGAGGAUGAGGGAAACUCUGCUAUAUAUAUUAUUACCAACACUAAACCGUAAGUCAUUACCAAUUAAAAUAUGUGGUUCUUGUCUUAUUCUUAAAUACAAGAGGCAGGCAGUGAUUGAGUAACCUUACUUUGCAGACUUUGCAGAACAUACUUUGUUCUGAUAAACAUGGUCUAACUGAGAAAUGCCUUAGUCUUUGUAGUGGAACUUGAUUUGAGGAAUAGCUGAUCUCCAUCUGUAACUGAAAUACAAGGUAAAUACUUCUUUUGGCUGUGUGUUCUCUUUAAAAAAGAACUGCUGAUUCCUGUUUCUUCAGUAACAUUGAUUUUUAAGAAAAUGUUAUCUUGGAUUUUGCUAGAAGAAUGAACACUGGGGUUCAGCAUCUGGUAUAAUUUCCACAUGUUAUGUUAGCUCUAUUAAGAGCCCAUGAUGAAAAUUUGAUGUGAGGACUUUGGGCGUUUCCCCCCCCCAUUUCAUUUUGGUAUGUUUUUAUUUUGAACACAUAUGCAUGCUCUUUUUAACCUCUAGUCUGUGAAAUGAUGAUAGAGAUUUUUUUUUAAUGGAGGGCAAAAUACUUGUUAACAACCAAAAAAUUAAAGCUGAACAAGCUGCUAAAGGUGAAAAAGUUUAAAAAUAAAAUGAAUUGCUACUGCUUUCCAAGUAAUUGUAUUACUAGUACCUGUACAAAAGAAACAUUGCUGUCCUUGUAUAGAUAAAAUUUACCUGCAAUACAAUUAAGUAUUGACUUCUCAGCAACUGUCCCUGUAAAUUUUUCUUUUCACAUAUUAAUAUGUUGUCCAAAAUGAAAUUUACUGAAAUGUCCAAUCUGUGAGACUGCAUAGUCCUGGUAAAAUAUUUUUGUAUAUAUAAAGAAAUAAAUACUUAAUAUUGG